AUGAUUUUAUCAUUAAGGAGACCAUUUCAAAAGCGUUUCAGAAGACUAUUUCGUGGUACCGGUGGAAGUCGAUGAGCAGCUAUUUCUAUCUUCACUAGUGGUUCCUUGUCUUCAUUCUUGUUUAUAAGAUGCUGAUAUUUUUUUUUCAGAUACGUAAAUUGAUUUGCUUGACUUGAUUAAUUGAUUUUUUUUGGCGACAACUGCUGUUUAAUUGUGCUGUGAUGCACAUGUAUCUCAAGGCUUUAAGAGCGUGGUCUCUCACUGCUUCUGGGCUGCCUGUUCUGCUGGGAAAUGUCUUGGCGUACAGGGACAUGUCAGUUCAACCGGCGGGAACAGAUGACAGCAGUCGACCAAGUGUGUUGAUUCUGGUGCUCACUCUAAUCUGUGUCUCCUUUGUGCACAUGGCCGGAAAUCUGAUCAACACCUACUACGACUACAAGUACGGAGUGGAUCAGCACAAACAGGCGGAUGACAGGACUCUAGUGGACCACUUUCUCCAACCAUCUGAAGUGUCCACGCUCUGUCUCCUCUUCUAUUCAAUCAGUUUGGUCUCCUUUCUGGCAGUGGCGCUUCUAUCAUCUCUACGUCUGGAGUACUCGGCCUUCCUCUUCUUUGUAGGCCUCAGUGGUUCCUUUCUCUACACUGGCGGUAUGGGCUUCAAGUACUAUGCCUUGGGUGAUAUCCUGGUGCUGGCUCUGUUCGGACCAAUGGCAGUCACUUUCUCUUAUAUGUUGCAGACUGGAACAUUUGCAAUCAAAACUGCUCUUUUCGCCGCCCCUCUUGCCUUCGGAACCGAGGCAAUUUUGCACUGCAACAACACUCGUGAUAUAGAAACAGACAGACGUGCAGGCAUCCGGACCAUAGCCAUAGUACUGGGCAGAGAGUGGUCAUACGUCCUCUUCUGCUUCCUCCUCUUCACCCCAUACAUCAUCCUGUCAUGUCCCGCAUGCAAAAUAUCCAUGCUCAUAUUCCUGCCCUAUGUUACCAUUAAUGAGGCGUUUGCGAUUGAGUUGAAGUUCAGAACUCAACAGUUGGACAGACUUCCGGAGAGAAUCAAAAUGUUGACUUUGAAGUUUGGACUGCUUUAUGUGUCUAGUAUUCUGAUAUCGUUUUGGAUUCAUUGAAUUAGUCGGCUGUCGAAGAAAUGGAUAAUGGAAAAGCAGUUUGUUGUUGAUUAUCAUCGGAAAAUUGGCCAAUCAAACUAGCUGAAAGCAAACCUCGAGCCAGGAUGUGAUAUGUUGAUGGUGAAAGUUGAAAGGUUAUCUCAAAAAGAAACUGAUCUGAACUUAUAAAAUUUUUACUGACUGGUAUUUAAAAAGUUUACAAAAAUUGUUGCCAUACAUUAAAGGAAAUAAUUAAACUCUUGGA